GUUAUUUGUGCGCAUGCGUGACAAUCUACUGCUCACUGGUUCGAACGAUAGCUUUUGGUCUCAAUACGAUACCCGUAGUUAGCGAAUGUUUUCUGCCUGCAAGCAUGUUGGCUGUGAAUGUAGCCGCCGACAUGGUUUAGCAACAUUACUCUUUAAUAAUUAAGCGACUAAAAUUGUUUUGUGUAGUUUCAGUCCUUGCAGUGUUCGGGAUAGGAUAGUAAAAAUGCCUCGAUAUGCUCAACUCGUCAUGGGCCCGGCGGGAAGUGGAAAGGUACGUUAGCUAGCUAACGCUAGCUAGCUAAUGUUGUUAACUAAAGUCGUUAGCUACCCACAACGCUUUGAAACGUUACCGUUAGCUUCAGUGGGUAGCUAUUAGCUAGCUAACGUUAGACGCUUGCUGUUUGUUCCAUGUCAAUCCAAAAUGUAGGUAAAUGAGCAGGGCUAGGCUAUGUUUUACAAUUAACGCUAAUUCACAUUAAUAUAGCUAUAGUUAGCACUUGCUAGUUUAGUUGCAACAUCCAAGGUCUGAACUACAUGCACUGCCAUUGACCAUGACUUGUUAGUGCCAGAAAUGCAGUGCCAACACUUUUAUAAUGUGCUUGUACUGUAGAUGUUGCUUGAUUUAUCCUAUUCAAUGUUCUCAUAUCAUCACGUAUGUUUUUGCCACAGGUAUUUCAGUCAGCUGUGUUGUAUAUCUCUCACUCCUCUCUGUAGAGUACCUACUGCUCUACAAUGAUCCAGCAUGCAGAAGCCAUAAACCGCUCUGUACAGGUGGUCAACCUAGACCCAGCCGCUGAACACUUUGAUUACCCGGUCAUGGCAGGUAAAACACAUCUCUGAGGAAUUCUGUCAUAGUCCUAUUUCUAUGACAGUGAGUGCCACUGACUGGCUGUUUUUCUACCUUCAGAUAUCCGGGAGCUGAUUAUGGUGGAUGACGUGAUGGAGGAUGAGUCACUGAGGUUCGGCCCAAAUGGAGGGCUGGUGUUCUGCAUGGAGUACUUUGCCAACAACUUUGACUGGCUGGAGGAGAGCCUGGGCCACGUGGAGGAUGACUACAUACUGUUUGACUGUCCUGGUAAGGUGCUAUUCAUAGAGGGGGGCAAGGAACAUGACUUUGAUGUAAAUGAUGAUGGACAAUCAAUGACUAUGAUAGAGAUUGACUGAAUAUGGUGAAUAAUAUGGAUCAGAUUUUGAUGUUGAUGAUGCUAGUUGAGAAGUUUGUGCUGAUGUUAAUGUGGUGAGAAUGGUAUUGACGAUGAUGAUGAUGACUGUGUUGGUGAUGUCUGCAGGUCAAAUAGAGCUCUACACACACCUCCCUGUGAUGAGGCAGCUGGUAGAGCAGCUCCAACAAUGGGAAUUUCGUGUUUGUGGCGUCUUCCUGGUGGACUCGCAGUUCAUGGUGGAGACCUUCAAGGUAAUAUGGCCACUAUUAACACAUCUUAUUCCUGAUCACGCUGCCUUUUACUCAGUCUAUAAUAUGCUAUAACAGUUAUAUUUGAAGUUAAUUGCAAAACAAUUGUCUCCCAUCCCAGUUCAUCUCAGGUAUCAUGGCUGCAUUGAGUGCCAUGGUGUCUUUGGAGAUUCCAACAGUCAACAUCAUGACCAAAAUGGACCUGCUGAGUCCCAAGGCCAAGAAGGAAAUUGAAAAGUAGGUGCCAGAAUGAUCGAAUUCCUCCUUUUUAUGUUUAUCUGUCACUGUGGUCUUUGUUCAUCUGGUUUUGUGUGUGUCUGGCUCUGAAUGCAUCCGGUGCACAUGCUUAGCAGACCUGUAUUGGCUGACACUGACAGAUCUCACUCCAUGCAGAUACCUGGAUCCAGACAUGUACUCAAUGAUGGAGGACAACUCUGUCACUAUUAGGAGCAAGAAGUUCAAGAAGCUGACCAAAGCCAUCUGUGGCUUGGUAAGUUCCUGCCGUGCACACAGCCAUGCUCAGAGAAAAGGCAGCCCUGGUGUCAAUGAUUUGAAUGAUUCCUGAAUUUGGAAGUUGUUAAAUAAAAAAAAAAUAUAUAUAUAUUAUGUUUGUGUUUUCCAGAUUGAUGACUACAGCAUGGUGAGGUUCCUGCCUUUUGACCGCACAGAUGAGGAAGGCAUCAACAUAGUGCUUCAGCACAUUGACUUUUCCAUACAGUACGGAGAAGACUUGGAGUUCAAGGAGCCAAAGGUAAAUAAAUAAAAAUCCACUAUGUAGACUGAAACGUAUGCCGAGUCCUAGAGGUUAGCAGAGUAACUCUGUAAUCCUGCUUUGGGAAGUUAUAUACAAAAUUACUAAGUAUACUAAUACUAAGUCUGCUCUCCAACUACCCAAAACCUUUCACUCGCUUUACUUGUUUCUCUCUCCUUAGGAGCCCGACGAAGAGCCUGACAACACAAAUUAUGAUGAUUUCUUUCAGGAAAAAGUAGAGGACUGAGAGGUGACAGAGCCCCAGAAAGAAAAGCAGAACAUUUGAUGGUCAGAUGGAAACGUUAAUUGCAGACUCCCAAGUAUCAUGCCACCUCAUUAUUUAUUUCUAGACUUAUGUCUGUUUUUAUGUUUUCAAGAUUUGUUAUUGAUCAUUUUAAGAUUGUGUAUAGUGUAUUGUGACCCAGAUAUUGCAUUCCCGCCUCCCCGGUUGAAUAUUUGGAUGAUAUUUUUCGAAUAAAAACUAUUGUAAAACAAA